GUACACCUAAAACCCCAGCUGGAGCCAGUGCCUUCCCUGAAGGGCUGCCCAUGGUGGCGUGUCCCCAGCCCCUGCGGAGUCCCGGGAUGGCCUCGAGGUGAGGGGGCUGAGGAUGACCCUGACUGAAAGGCUGCGCGAGAGGAUUUCGCGGGCGUUCUACAGCCACGGGCUGCUCUGUGCCUCCUACCCCAUCCCCAUCAUCCUCUUCACUGCCCUCUGCAUCCUGGCCUGCUGCUCCCCCCUGCUGAAGCUGCCACUGCCAGGGACAGGCCCUGUGGAGUUCAGCACCCCGGUGAAGGACUACGCUCCCCCCGGGGCGGGGCCGCAGCACGGGGACCCCGGCGAGCGCCCGGACUGGUACGUGGGUGCUCCCGUGGCCUACAUCCAGCAGAUCUUUGUGAAAGCCACCGUGUCCCCGUGGCAGAAGAACUUCCUGGCUGUGGAUGUGUUCCGGUCACCGCUGUCCCGCGUGUUCCAGCUGGUGGAGGAGAUCAGGAACCACGCCCUGAGGGACAGCUCUGGGGUCAGGAGCCUGGAGGAGGUUUGCCUGCAGGUGACAGACCUGCUGCCUGGCCUCAGGAAGCUGAGGAAUCUGCUCCCAGAGCACGGCUGCCUGCUGCUGUCCCCGGGCAACUUCUGGCAGAACGACCGCGAGCGCUUCAAUGCCGACCCAGAUAUCAUCAAAACCAUCCACCAGCAUGAGCCAAAGACCUUGCAGACGUCAGCCACUCUCAAAGACCUGCUGUUCGGGCUGCCUGGCAGGUACAGCGGCGUCAACCUGUACAACCGGCGGCGCGUGGUGUCCUACACCGUCACCCUGGGGCUGCAGCGCUACGACUCCAGGUUCCUGAGCAGCCUGCGCUCCCGCCUGAAGCUGCUGCACCCCAGCCCCAACUGCAGCCUGCGGGAGGAGCAGGUGGUGCACGUGCACUUCAAGGAGGAGAUCGGCAUCGCCGAGCUGAUCCCGCUCGUCACCACCUACAUCAUCCUCUUCGCCUACAUCUACUUCUCCACACGCAAGAUCGACAUGGUGAAGUCCAAGUGGGGCCUGGCGCUGGCGGCGGUGGUGACGGUGCUCAGCUCCCUGCUGAUGUCCGUGGGGCUCUGCACCCUGUUCGGCCUCACGCCCACGCUCAACGGAGGGGAGAUCUUCCCAUACCUGGUGGUGGUGAUUGGCCUGGAGAACGUGCUGGUGCUCACCAAGUCCGUGGUGUCCACGCCCGUGGACCUGGAGGUGAAGCUGCGCAUCGCCCAGGGCCUGAGCAAUGAGAGCUGGUCCAUCAUGAAGAACAUGGCAACGGAGCUCGGGAUCAUCCUCAUUGGAUACUUCACCCUGGUGCCCGCCAUCCAGGAGUUCUGCCUCUUCGCCGUGGUGGGGCUGGUGUCUGACUUCUUCCUGCAGAUGUUCUUCUUCACCACGGUGCUGUCCAUCGACAUCCGCCGCAUGGAGCUGGCUGACCUGAACAAGCGGCUGCCCCCCGAGUCGUGCCUGGCCGCAGGCAAGGCGCCGUGCCGGGCCCGGCCGGCGGCGCAGCGCCCGGCGCCGCUGAGCGCGCCGCCGCAGCCGCACACCAUCACGCUGCAGCCGUCCUCGCUGCGCAACCUGCGCCUGCCCAAGCGCCUGCGCGUCAUCUACUUCUUCGCCCGCACGCGCCUGGCGCAGCGCCUCAUCAUGGCCGGGACGGUGAUCUGGAUCGGAAUCCUGGUUUACACGGACCCUGCCGGGCUCCGCACCUACCUCACGUCGCAGGUCACCGAGCAGAGCCCCCUGGGGGACGCAGGUCUGCCUGCCAUGCCCGUCCCUGGAGGGGUGCUGCCUGCUGGGGACCCCAAGAUGGACCUGUCGGUGUUCCCGUCGGAGCCGGUGCAGCUGUCGGAGAACCACACGCAGCCGCGGGAGCAGAAGGCGCGGCUGGAGCCCAACCAGCACAGCUGGGCCCAGGGAGCCGAGGGCAGGGGCAACGGGCAGCUGGAGCUGGGGGCAGAAGCAGAGGUCACCUGGGGAGCAGAGGAUGAGGAGAUCUGGAGGAAGCUGUCCUUCAGGCACUGGCCAGCCCUCUUCAGCUACUACAACAUCACCCUGGCCAAGAGGUACAUCAGCAUCCUGCCAGCCAUCCCUGUGACGCUGUACCUGCACCCUCAGGAGGCCCUGGAGCUGCGGCACCCCCAGGAGGCCUCUCGCUACCAGCCCUUCCUGGCGGGCAGCAAGGAGCCGGGGCCGGAGCACGGCGCGCACCGCGGCCACCAGGACGUCACCCUCUACAAGGUGGCUGCUCUGGGGCUGGCAUCAGGCAUGCUGCUGGUGCUGCUGCUGUUCUGCCUGUACCGGGUGCUGUGCCCCAAGAACUACGGGCAGAACGGGCCGGGCCGGCGGCGCCGCGGGGACCUGCCCUGCGACGACUACGGCUACUCGCCCCCCGAGACCGAGAUCGUGCCCCUGGUGCUCAGGGGGCACCUCAUGGACAUCGAGUGCCUGGCCAGUGACGGGAUGCUGCUGGUGAGCUGCUGCCUGGUGGGGCAGAUCCGCGUGUGGGACGCGCAGACGGGCGACUGCCUCACUGUCAUCCCCAAACCCAGGCUGCGCAGGGACAGCAGCGGCAUCUUCGACUACCAGGAGGGCUGGGAGCCCAGCCCGGACAGGAAGAACGGCCUGGAGGACUCCUUUGAGAGCAGCCACCAGCUCAAACGGCUGCUGGGGCCCCCCCAGCCCCCCCUGUUCUGUGACCAGCCCGACCUCACCUCCCUCAUCGACACCAACUUCUCGGAGCGCGCCAGGGCGGCCGAGUCGGAGCCGCGGCUCCGGCGCCACAAGGACUCGGGCUACGACUUCAGCAGCCUGGUGGGGAAGGUGUACGAGGAGCACGGCAGCUCUGGCUGCAGGAACGUGAACGUGAACAUGAACAUGAACAUGAACAUGAACUUCCCGGGGCUCUCGGCCCCGCACGGCCCCGCCGGGUUCUCCCCCUCCGACGAGGGGCGCAGCGGCCCGGGGGACGAGGGGUGUGACAAAUCCUCAGCCCUGCCCUCCUGGGGAGGGGACCUGGAGAGCUCUGUCUGGAGCCUGGAGCUGCAGGGGAACCUCAUCGUGGCUGGCAGGAGCAAUGGGAAGCUGGAGGUGUGGGAUGCCAUCGAGGGGACCCUCCGCAGCAGCAAUGACGAAGGACAAUCCGGCAUCACCGCCCUCGUCUUCCUCAACAACAGGAUCGUGGCUGCCCGGCUGAAUGGCUCCUUGGAUUUCUUCUCUCUGGAGACACACCAGUCCUUGAACCACCUGCAGUUCCGAGGCGGGCCGGGCAGGAGCAGCCUGCCGCCGUCGCCGUCGCUGUGCCGCGGGGCCGCGCUGCGCUGCCUCCUCACCCACAGCGUGGCGUGCGCGCACCACAAACCCAUCACCGCGCUCAGGGCCGCCGCCGGCCGCCUGGUCACCGGCAGCCAGGACCACACCCUGCGGGUGUUCCGGCUGGAGGACUCGUGCUGCCUGUUCACCCUGCAGGGCCACUCGGGAGCCAUCACAGCCGUCUACAUCGACCAGACCAUGGUGCUGGCCAGCGGCGGCCAGGACGGGGCCAUCUGCCUGUGGGACGUGCUGACCGGCAGCCGCGUCAGCCACAUGUUCGCCCACCGCGGGGACGUCACCUCGCUGACCUGCACCACGUCCUGCGUCAUCAGCAGCGGCCUGGACGACGUCAUCAGCAUCUGGGACCGCAGCUCGGGCACCAAGCUCUACUCCAUCCAGCAGGAGCUGGGCUGCGGCGCCAGCCUGGGCGUCAUCUCCGACAACCUGCUGGUCACGGGGGGCCAGGGCUGCGUGUCCUUCUGGGACAUCGGCUACGGGGACCUGCUGCAGACCGUCUACCUGGGCAAGAGCAACGAGUCGCAGCCGGCGCGGCAGAUCCUGGUGCUGGAGAACGCCGCCAUCGUCUGCAACUUCGGCAGCGAGCUCAGCCUGGUGUACGUGCCCUCGGUGCUGGAGAAGCUGGACUGAGCAGGAGGAGGGGCCGGCGGGGCUGAGCGGGGCUGG